GUGACGUCAAUGCGCCGCCGGGUGACGUAUGGACGGCGGCGGGACGGGGGUGGGGAGGAGGCCUCGGCGGUGGCGGGGCCGGAGAUGGUCCAUUUCUUGCUGUGCAGCUGGAUGUUGCUGAAUAACGUGUCUAUGAGCUUGCUGUUCAAUCUGUCUGUUGUUCAGAAUGGCGAAGAACCCUAAUUUCCCAGAAGUGGGGAAUCUGCCUACAGGCUAUGCUCACUGUAGGUCUUCAGACAGCUUCAGUGGCUACCAGUAUCACCAUCCCUCCAAGAUGAGUAACAGCCACCCUCUUCGUCCGUACACGGCUGUAGGGGAGAUCGACCAUGUUCACAUUCUGUCAGAGCAUAUUGGUGCUCUAAUGAAUGGGGAAGAAUACAGUGACGUUACCUUUAUUGUGGAAAAAAAGCGUUUUCCGGCACACAGAGUGAUCCUGGCUGCUAGAUGCCAUUAUUUCAGAGCAUUAUUGUAUGGAGGAAUGAGAGAAUCUCAGCCUGAAGCAGAAAUUCCUCUUCAGGACACCACUGCAGAAGCAUUUACCAUGCUGUUGAAAUAUAUUUACACUGGUCGUGCUACAUUACGAGAUGAGAAAGAAGAGGUUCUUCUUGACUUCCUAAGCCUAGCACAUAAAUACGGAUUUCCAGAACUGGAGGAUUCCACGUCUGAGUAUCUUUGCACAAUACUUAAUGUUCAGAAUGUCUGUAUGACUUUUGAUGUUGCCAGUCUUUAUUCUCUUCCCAAAUUAACUUUUAUGUGCUGUAUGUUCAUGGAUAGAAACGCCCAAGAGGUGCUCUCCAGCGAAGGCUUCCUGUCACUUUCUAAGGCUGCUCUUCUAAGUAUAGUACUGAGAGACUCAUUUGCAGCUCCUGAAAAGGACAUUUUCCAAGCUUUGAUGAGCUGGUGUAAACAUAACCCCAAGGAAAACCAUGCUGAAAUCAUGCAAGCAGUACGUUUGCCACUAAUGAGUUUAACAGAACUUCUGAAUGUUGUAAGACCUUCUGGGUUGUUGUCACCUGAUGCCAUCCUAGAUGCCAUUAAGAUUCGUUCUGAGAGUCGGGACAUGGACCUCAACUACAGGGGCAUGUUAAUACCGGGGGAGAAUAUUGCAACAAUGAAGUAUGGAGCACAAGUUGUUAAAGGGGAGCUGAAGUCUGCUCUAUUGGAUGGAGAUACUCAGAACUACGACCUGGAUCAUGGAUUCUCUCGACACCCGAUCAGCGAUGACUGCCGGUCUGGAAUUGAGAUUAAAUUAGGUCAGCCCUCAAUAAUCAACCACAUACGAAUUCUCCUGUGGGACAGAGACAGUCGGUCUUAUUCCUACUACAUUGAGGUGUCCAUGGAUGAAUUGGACUGGAUUCGGGUUAUCGAUCACUCUAAAUACCUCUGCCGGUCCUGGCAGAACCUGUAUUUUCCUGCCCGUGUCUGCAGGUAUAUUCGAAUUGUUGGGACCCACAAUACAGUGAACAAAGUUUUCCAUAUUGUGGCAUUUGAAUGCAUGUUCACAAACAAAUCCUUUACUCUUGAGAAGGGUCUGCUAGUUCCCACUGAAAAUGUUGCAACAAUUGCAGACUGUGCCAGUGUGAUUGAGGGUGUAAGUCGCAGUCGCAAUGCCUUAUUGAAUGGAGACACAAAAAACUAUGAUUGGGAUUCUGGAUACACAUGCCACCAGCUUGGGAGUGGAGCUAUUGUAGUGCAGCUGGCACAGCCCUACAUGAUUGGAUCAAUACGGUAAAAGGAUUCAUUUUUCUCUAAACUGGGGGCCACAGGGGAAUUUUUGCUGAGCAGUUAUU